UCUUCGAAGAUCAUACGUCGCGUUUAUUAGAUACGUACAAAACCGAUUUCUACCUUGACCAUUAACCAAAUAAAUAUUCGUUCGAUCACAUCGAUAUUGAUAUUUCUUUUCAUCCAUUUAAUCGUGAAUUCACACUUUUCACAAAGUGUGUUCACUUUUCUCAUUUUCUUUCCGAUUCUAAAUGCAUCCUCGUGCGUUAUUUAUAAUUUUCCACCGAUAUUGCGUUCUUAAUCUUUAAUUAAUUAAUCAAGUAACAAGUUACGAAUUAAUCAAAGUGAUUAAUAAUUAAUGCAACGUAACCUUCCCGUCGGUAUAUAUAUUAUGUAUACAUAUUGAAACAUUUAUGGAUAAAUACGAAACAAAUAAAUAGGAAAAUAGUAACAAAUGCUAGGUAGACAUAAUGCAAUUUAUUUAUUUUCACAUAUUUCUAUUUGUUUCACUAUUUUCCUUCAAACAGAUAUUCACACAAGCAUAAAGUGAAAAAUCUUUAUGUAGUAUAUCGAGUAUAAUACAUAUAUAAUUUCCGAUAAGGUACGAUCAAUUAUAUAUCAAUUAUAAAAUUGUUAUAAAAAAACGAACAAAAUACCAAAAUAAUUCAAGAUAUUUGAAAAUAAUCGGCUAACCUAGUAUGUAAGGUAACAAUUGACCUAUAAUAAUCAUUUAAUAAAUGUGAUCUACGUUAGUAUAACGUGCGAGAAGGUGCCACCUAUUUUAGUAAUCCUUCAGGAAUAGACUGUGUAAUUAAUUAAUUAUUUUACAUUAGAUCCGUGGAUUUUACUUUUUUUAGCCGUCUGUAUCUUAGUGAGUUGUUGAUCAAACUGCUGGCUAAUGUAUUUAUGCGUGCAACGGAAACUUGAGUAGUUGCAUCCUGAAAUGUAUGCGAUUAAAUGGGCAAGUAAUAAUUAACGGGGAUAAUGAUAAUAUCCAUUGGAACAACAAUUUAUGCUGUAUAUGAAGAUUUCUCCCAUUUUUUGGAUCCUAGCUAUUUUUCUCCAGCAACCCUCCUAAUCAUUGUUGGGAUAUUUGUUUUUAUAAUAGCUUUCCUGGGUUGUUGCGGUGCUCUUAGAGAGAGCACCUGUAUGGUUCUUGUGUUCGCAGCAUCGCUUUCAUUAGUUCUUGUCUUGGAACUGAUCGCUGGGAUUGCAGCUUAUGCUCUUCAAGAUGGAAUAAAAAAUCUUCUUGCUGACAAAAUUAAUGCGACCAUGCAUCAAUAUGAAAAAAAUGACGAAGCUAGGAGUGCCAUUGAUUUUCUACAAUCAAGACUCUAUUGUUGUGGAUACAAUGGAUACGAGGAUUGGGAAGCACAAGAAAUGACUAUUCCUUCAUCUUGUCCUUCGAGAGAUAAUGAAAAUAUUUAUGUAACUGGAUGUAUCAAACAUCUUUCAAUUAUCAUUCACAGGAGUGCCCUUUAUAUUGGUACUGGAGCUGUAGCCAUUGCUCUUAUUCAGUUAACUGGAAUAAUGUUUGCCUGUAUGCUAGGCCGAGCAAUUAGAAGACAAAAAACAGAAAGGGAGAGACGUCGAUGGGAAUUAAGAGAGAGUUUAGUUAAUGGUUACCAACCAUUGGGAAAAUCAGAUCCCUUUACCACUUUUCCUGUUGUUUACAUGUCCUCUGAACCUUUGAAGAAUUCAUAGAAUUCUCUACUUUUGUUAUGCAUUCUUAAUAUGAAAUAAUUUUAUUUAUAUUAAAAUAGUAUCUUUCAAUUUUUUGAAGUUCUAAAAGUCAAUAUCUUUAUUUUGUAAAGAAAAUUGUUUGUUAUAUUCCCUUCUUCAUUUCUUGUUAAUUAAGAUCGAUUUUUAUAUAUUGCUCUAAAUUUAAUAUUUUUUUUCGUCAGUUUCUUUUAGAAAUUAAAUACCUAAUAGUAGAUAUCUAAUUUCAUUUAUUAUUACGUUUCUAUAAAACUGUAGCUGUAGAUAUAUAUGUAUAUAUAUGUGCUUAUAUUUACUUUACUAUAUAUAUAUAUAUAUAUAUAUAGAAGGAUUUAAUAUAUUUUCAUAAUACAUAAUGAAACGUACAAACAUUUCGUACAAAUUUUAUAUUACAUACUUUAUUGGAAUAAAUUAUUUUCAAACCUUA